CCUAGAACCUGGGGAGGAGGAGGAGGAGGAGGGAGGUAGAAGAGGAAGAAAAAAAGAGCAGGAUUAAAGAGGAAGUAGAAGGAAAAGAGAGGAGGGAUUUACGCUCAGAGAAGUUUGACACGAAUGCAGCCUGCGCUGGGAAUAAUACACAUAGGCUAUAAAGUGUGAGUGCCAGUGCGGGAUAAAUCAGUCUGUGCUUGGCACGGUUUGAGUUUAGGUGUGCCACCACCACCAUGCAGGCUGGACUUUGAAGUUUUUAUUUUUUUAAUAAAGCCUAUCUGGAAUACGCAUCACAGCUUCCACAGAAGCAGCAUUGCAUGCACCGCCUGGCACUCAGCCGGCACGGAAACGGAGUGUAUUUCACAUGGAGUUUGGCACACGGAAGGUCCCAGUUGGAGAAAGCUAGAUUUUCCACUUUUUUAAAACAGCCACCAGUGUGUCGCCACCCGCGGUCAGCCUGCGCGGUGCACGCCGGGGCAGGGAGCCUCUCUGGCGGGGAAGUACAGCACUGAGACUCGGUAACGCACCGGAGCUUCUUUUUUUUUUUUUGUCUUCUCAGGACCCUACUCGCUUUCUGUGAUAUUACUUUUAACCGGGGCUCCUGUCUGUUGUUGUGUAAGUUCUCCCGGGGGAUUCGGCGUUGUUAUUGCCGGUGGACGUGUCAGUUUCCCCUGACAGUCAACCGUUAGUUAACGUUAGUUUGUCGGAGGGGAACUUCGGUGUCUUCGUGGAGAUAUUUUCUUCGGACUUGGAGCGGUGACAGCGGCUUCAACUGGCGGAAUAAUCAAUACUAGACUGUAGUCCUGUGUGUGAGGAGUGUAUGUGGCUAACACAGAAGUAGCUCCAAACCGAGCCGAGCCGAGCCAGACGCUACCAUGCCAGUCAGAAAGAAAGAUGCACAGCGAGCGCUGCUGCUGCUGGAGGAGUACCGGGCCAAGCUGCACCACGCCGAGGAUCGGCAGCUCCGACACUCCAUCCAGAGGGUCAUCGACAUCUUCCAGAGCAACCUCUUCCAGGCUCUCAUAGAUAUCCAGGAAUUUUACGAAGUGACCUUAUUGGACAGUCAGAGAUGGGUGGAGUCUUCCAAGGCGGCGGACCCCAUGGCGCCCGUCCACCUGUGGGACUUCUCCAGCCUUCAAAGCACAACGGUGACCUCGGACACUCUGCCCAGCCUUAGCACCAGCAUCGAGAAGUACAGGCACAACGAUGAGGACUCGUCCCCCCAGGACCAGAGCUCCCCCCAGCUGACGGAGGAGGCAGGGGGGCCGGAGCUGGUCCAGGUAGCCGAGAAGAACCUUUCCCAGAUCGAGAACGUGCACGGAUACGUCACGCACGCCCACAUCUCCCCCAUGAAGCAGGCAGAGGCCAGCCCGCCCUCCUCUCCCAUAAUCCCUGUGAUCCCGGUCUCGCCAAUCGCUGCCGAGACCCCCAUCAUCCCUCCGACGUCACAGGCCAACCCCCCCCCUGUGGUGGUCAACACCGACAGCCUGGACACGCCUCCAUAUGUAAACGGGACGGAGGCUGAUUAUGAGUAUGAGGAGAUCACGCUGGAGAGGGGGAAUUCGGGGCUGGGCUUCAGCAUUGCCGGCGGCACAGACAACCCCCACAUCGGCGAAGACCCGAGCAUCUUCAUCACCAAAGUCAUACCUGGAGGAGCCGCGGCUCAGGACGGACGGCUCAGAAGAAGACGACGAUGGCUGUGUACGUUCGAGCUAAAGCCAAAGAGUGAGCUUCAAAGCCCGGCGCGUUUCCACGGGGCCUGGCGUCCUCUACCCAGAAACCCCUGCAGCGUCCUGCUGCCUUUCACUCCUUCAUUCAUAAUGCAGCAGAAAGAGUCUGACGCAGCUGAUCCAGGCGAUGAUGGACAGCCGGCCCUGCCUCAGUGUCAGAUUGUUGUGUUGAACAAAACCAAAGAGAGGAUGCAGCCGUACCACAACAACCAAGAGGAGGAGGACCCAGAUAUCAAAAAGAUCAAAAAGGUGCAAAGCUUCAUGCGUGGCUGGCUGUGCCGGAGGAAGUGGAAGAUCAUCGUCCAGGACUACAUCAGUUCGCCUCACGCCGAGAGCAUGCGGAAGAGGAACCAGAUUGUCUUCAACAUGGUGGAAGCGGAGACCGAAUACGUCCACCAGCUCUCCAUCCUGUCUCUGUCCACUCCGACCCUCAGGGUGGAGAAGAAGGAGCGAGCGAGAUUAAAGACGGUGAAGUUCAACGCCAAGUCUCGAGACAGAGGGUCUCUCAAUGACAAGCGUAAAAAGAACCUCUUUUCCCGAAAGUUUCCGUUCUACAAGAGCAAAGACGCGAGCGAGCAGGAGACCAGCGAUGUGGACCAACACGUCACGUCUAACGCCAGCGAUAGUGAAAGUAGCUACCGUGGACAGGAGGAAUACGUCCUGUCGUACGAGCCCGUCACUCAGCAGGAAGUGAACUACACCCGUCCCGUCAUCAUCCUCGGGCCCAUGAAGGAUCGGAUCAACGACGACCUGAUCUCAGAGUUCCCCGACAAGUUCGGAUCCUGCGUCCCUCACACGACUCGGCCGAAGCGGGACUACGAGGUGGACGGCAGAGACUACCACUUUGUGGUUUCCAGAGAGCAGAUGGAGAAGGACAUCCAGGACCAUAAGUUCAUCGAGGCGGGACAGUACAACAACCACCUGUACGGAACCAGCGUGCAGUCGGUCCGACAGGUGGCCGAGAAGGGUAAACACUGUAUCCUGGACGUGUCGGGGAACGCCAUCAAGAGACUCCAGCUGGCUCAGCUUCAUCCCAUCGCCGUCUUCAUCAAACCCAAAUCUGUGGAGAACAUCAUGGAGAUGAACAAGCGUCUGACGGAGGAGCAGGGCAGGAAAACCUUCGACAGAGCCACCAAGCUGGAGCAGGAGUUCACCGAGCACUUCACAGCCGUGGUGACGGGCGACACGCUGGAGGAGAUCUACGAGCAGGUGAAGCAGAUCAUCGAGGAGCAGUCGGGCCCGUUCAUCUGGGUCCAGUCCAAGGAGAAGUUAUGAGGAUCAAAACUCUGUCCUCUCUUUUUAAGAUUCACUCGCUUUUAUUUUGAAAAAAAACGAAACGUCGACGCGCAUAAUAACGGCAGCCUCACUUCCUCCCUCACUUCCUCCACACACCGGCCGACCACAGACCUUUUAUUUUGUAGUUUUUUUUUGGUUUCUGUUGCCAGAAUAAGACUCCAUUGUUGUUGUUUUUUUGUUUUUUUUUUCCUGACCAGCAAAAGCGAAAGCACACAGGAAGUACGAUGACAUCACACUCUAUGCGGUACAGCUCCUUAAUGUUUAAGGGAGGAGAAGACGAUAAGAAGACGAGUCCAUGACGGUGGCGAGAAGAAAACGUACGAAGAAGAUUUUUAUCUUUUUAGGUUGUUUUUUUUUCCAUUUUGAUUUUUUUUUUUUUUUUUUAAAGACAGAGUUUGAGUCUCAGGCAGCGUCUGUCGGAGACACGAAAAAGAGCAAAAACUUUGCACGUUUGAGCUUUAACAGCAUGUCAUGUCAAUCACCCCUUUUAUUUCCCAUCAGCCCCUUCAGCGUCUGACAUCACUGCCUGUCGUCUUCUGUUCUGCUUUUCAUCUUUUAUCUUUUCUCUUUUUCAUUUUUUUUUUUUUUACAUUUUGGUCACGUUUGGUUUUGCUCGCCGCUGAGGCGGACAGUCUGCGGGGUUCCUGCUCCUCCGCUGGGUGGGGGGGAGGGGGAGAGGGGGCGCUUCAUUUAUCACCUGAGGAAUCCUGGUUUUAUCGCUGAACAUUUUUUAGUUUCAGCUUCAUUUCAUGAGGGCGAAGGUCACAGCGUUGAUUUUUUCUUUUUCUACCUACGCUGUAAAACAUCUCGGUGUCCGGUCGGUUCUGUCUCUAGAGGAUCCUCAAACCGUUUUCGUUAACCCAAAUGUUGUCCUUGGGUCAAAUUUGACCCGUUUUCAAAGUUUUUUUUAUAUCAGAAAUAUGGGACGUUGAAAUAAUUUGAAAAAAGCUUCAAAAAUGUGGGUGAAAAAACUAAAACGUCAAAUAAAGUGCAGAAGAAAUCGACAAAGACUUCGAGAAAAGUGUCAAAAACGUCGUAAAAGCUUGAAAAAAAUGCCGGGAAAAGUGACAAAAGUGUCAAAAACUAAACGACCAAAGCUUUAGUGACGACGAAAACAAAUAUUUUUAAUUAAAAGUUGCAGGUGGACAGGAAGCCAACAGGAGUUGUACAGCAGCAGUCGAUGUCGUGCACACAGCACCCAAAAGAACGUGUAAUCAUACGAAUUACGGUGCCUAACUUUUCUCUGAAGGGGAUCCUAAAACGGUUAAUGCCCAUGUUGUCCUCGGGUCAAAUUUCACCCGUUUUCAAAGUUUUUUUAAUAUCAGAAAUAUGGGCUGUUGAAAUAAGGAGCAAAAAUGUCAGAAAAAGCUGACAAAAUGUUGGGAAAAGCGACAAAGAAGUCAGAAAAAGUGACAAAAACGUUGAGAAAAAGCUAUAAAAACGCUGAGAAGUGACAACAAACGUUAUGUUUUAUUUCCGCUGUUGACGGGAAGACAACACAAAAGUUAAAAUAAGGUUCGAGACAUAUUUCAUAAAGGGCCAAACUUCAAAAGAGAAUCCCAUAAUGGGCCAGAUGUAGAGUUUAUUGACAUGCUUUUAAAAACAUACAGUCAGAUAUCUUUCCCUGUAUUACCACAUGUUGCUUUUUUUGGUCUUUUUUCGUUGCUUUCUCGAACGUUUUUGUAACUUUUUUGUCAACAGUUGUCAGCUUUUUGCAACGUUUUGUUGAAGAAGAAACUUAUAACAGAAAUAUUCAUAUUUUUUGGGGGAAUUAAGAUCUGAAUUGUUAUUAAAGUAAACAUCUGAAAAUGUAUAAUUGCAAGAAAACUCUCAAUAAUACAUUUGAAAAUGUAUAUUUCUCAGUAAUGAGAUUGUUUUCUUGUAUCUCAUCGCAACUUAUUCUCAUGAGCGGGUCCGUAUGAUAUCGUUAUGCACACUAAAACCUGAGAUACCGUAAGAAAGCUAGCCGAUGUCACAUGACCGGCUGGUCAUGUGACAUCGGCUACAGAGCUCUGUGGCGCCGAGCAGCGGUUGCUAGUUGUUGAAGCCGCUGCAGAGCUUCCUGCCGCCAGCUGCAGAGCUCCGCACGGUGCUCCUUCAGAUCAGCGGUAGUCGGUGGUUCAGUUACCCGAGAAUAGGUGACUCUGAGCCGGGCACUGAGCGCCGUGAGCUGCCGGUGGUUUCACGGGGAUUACGUUUAAAUUUAGCAAAAGAAAAGGUGAGAGUUAUCCGGCGACGAAAUUUAAGUUUAGGAAAAAAAGUCUUUUGUUUUCCCCUUGAGAGUCCUGUGUUUUAACGCCUAACCAUCCAUCCUGUUGUUUUCAAAAAGUUUCUAUAUCAACAAUGUGGGUUCUUUCAACCAAAUUGUCAAAUAAAGUAACGUGGAUGGUUCCCUACAGCGCUCUUCACAAAUAAAAUAAAUUAUCAGU